CUGUAAUGUUGGGAGACGUCAAACGAGACAACGUCAUCUAAUUUGCCAUCCAUUGAAAAUUUCUUUAAGGUGUAAUGUUUUCUUUAAAAAAAACUUGUAAAUAGGAUAAAUAAGGAAAAUACCCAGUAUCUUAUAUUUGUUAAAAUGGUUCUCAUAGCAGCAGCAGUUUGCACCAAAGCAGGCAAAACGAUCGUUUCUCGUCAAUUUGUCGAGAUGACGAAAGCCCGCAUCGAAGGGCUGCUGUCAGCAUUCCCAAAACUCAUUCCUACAGGAACUCAGCAUACAUUCGUCGAAACAGAUUCUGUACGUUACGUGUACCAACCUCUGGAACGUUUAUACAUGCUUUUGAUUACUACAAAACAAAGUAACAUACUGGAAGACUUAGAAACUCUUCGCCUGUUUGCCAGAGUUAUUCCAGAAUAUUGCAGAUCCUUGGAAGAAAACGAAAUAAUCGAUAACGCUUUCAAUUUAAUAUUCGCCUUCGACGAAAUCGUAGCCCUAGGCUACAGAGAAAGCGUAAACCUAUCUCAAAUUCGCACUUUUGUCGAAAUGGACUCCCACGAAGAAAAAGUCUACCAGGCAGUUAGACAAACGCAAGAACGCGAGGCCAAGCUCAAGAUGCGCGAAAAAGCAAAAGAAUUGCAACGCCAGAAGCUCGAGCAAAUGAAAAAGGGCAUCAAAGCCAACUUUGGCAGUAGCGGUGGCUUUGGGACUUCGUCUAGCAGCAACAGCUAUACUCCAAUUGAUCCUGUGGCCCCACAAAACGACGUCAAGCCUCCUCAGCAUAUUGUGGCUGCACAAAAACGCGGCAUGAAGCUGGGAAGCAAAGGCAAAGAUGUUGAAUCCUUUGUUGAUCAAUUGAAAUCUGAAGGAGAAAAAGUCAGCACUCCUGCAGCAAAUAAUAUCAUAAGUAAAACACCAACAAUUAAAGCAGAAAUGGUUGAUGAUGUUCAUUUGAGGUUAGAAGAAAAACUUAUUGUCCGUAUGGGUAGAGAUGGUGGGGUGCAACAAUUUGAAGUCCUAGGUUUGGUCACUUUGCAUAUUGGCAAUGAAAAAUGGGGCCGGAUUAGGGUCCAACUGGAAAACAAAGACAUUAGGGGUGUCCAGCUUCAAACCCAUCCUCAAGUUGAUAAGGAAUUGUUUAAAGUACGUUCUCAAAUUGGAUUGAAACAAGCCGCCAAGCCGUUUCCUUUACACUCUGAUGUUGGAGUGCUUAAGUGGCGUUUGCAAAGCACUGAAGAGACUUUUGUGCCUUUACUUAUCAAUUGCUGGCCUUCUGAAGCUGGAGAUGGCAGCUGCGAUGUUAAUAUUGAAUACGAAUUGGCUCAUACAAAUUUGGAACUUGCUGAUGUUAAUAUUUCAAUUCCUUUACCUAUUGGAUGUACUCCUUUGGUUGGAGAAUGUGAUGGCACUUAUACGCACGAAUCUAGAAAAAACUUAUUGGUUUGGAGUCUCCCUUUUGUAGAUGGCAGUAAUAAAAGUGGCUCUAUGGAAUUUAAUGCUCCUAGAGCAAUUGCUGGGGACUUUUUUCCAUUGAAUGUUUCAUUUACUUCGAAAACUUCUUAUGCUAGUAUUAAAAUUAUAGAUGUUUUAUUAGUAGACGAUGAUUCUCCAGUUAAGCAUUCAGUUGAAGCAGUCUUGUACCCGGAAAAAUAUGAAAUAGUAUAAGAAUCUAUAAUACAGUUAUUAUUAUUUUGAUAAACUAUAGGCCACUUUGUAUAAAUGUUUUACUAAUAAAAAUUUUAGUUAUUAUUUGAAAUGUUACUUUUUUUUUUGUAUAAGUAUAUCCUAAGUUAAGGCCAUUGGGGUUUUACUCAAAAAUAAAACAAACAAUUUUUAUUUGUAUUUUAUUUCUUAGUUUUAUGAAGAAAAAUAUAACUUAAAAAUAUCUAUUCAAAGACAAUGGAAUUACUUCUGUGUUUUUUUCGUUGGCCAAUACGAGUGUAUAAAAUAAAAAAAAAUUGUUUGAUAUUUAAAAAUCUAGAUCACUGGAAUUUUUGUUUUACUCAUCUCGUAUCAAAAAAUUAAGUGAACAUGUGCUACACCAAAAUCAAUUAAAAAAAUAUACACAAUUAUCAAUGAGGCUAAAAAAAUAUAUACCAAGUAACCUUUGCAGCACAUAUUUACAAACCAAAAAAAUCACAAAUUUAUUACACUUUUUCAUCGACAACUGACAGUUCGUGAGUGUUGGAAACCUCCUGAAAAGAUUGUUCCAAACAGUGUUUCAAUUCCAUGUAGGAAACUACCAAAAUGCUUUGCUCAUCUCGAGACAUGAGGCAAAUUUUUUCAGGUACACCAGCAUCCAACUUGUUGAGGCAUUGUACAAUGUGCGCCAUGUCCAUCCAAGGCUGGCCAUCUUCAUUAACUUGAUGGAAGACGAAAUCUCUAAAUAACUUAAGCAUAUACCUAUCUCCAGUUUCAGACCAAGAAGUUUCCAUAUUAAACUCGGGCCUUUCAUUUAUACUAGCAAGUUUGGUCAUUAAUCUAAACAACCUCCCAUUUUGCACUUCUUUACUCAACUCCGUAUCCAACACUUCAAUAUGACUGUGCAAGUUAUCUAAUUGAGUGUAAAACCUCGCUCCAAUCAUCGGCAUCAAAUCCGUCACGCUUCUACGUUGAUUGGUCAGCAAAUACAUGAUCAAAUUCCUCAGAUCCAUAGUAUAAGUGCGGCUCACCACGUCCAAGGCCGUUGUGAUGUUUUCGCGUUGCACCGCAAU